AUAUCGUCUUCCUCCUCCUCCCCAGCAGAGUUUCAGUCUCAGCCACAAGUGUAACUAACUCCCACACCACACCGUAGUAGUGAUGCUUCUUUCCGCAAUCGCAUCUCAAACACUCCUCUCAUCAAACCCUAACCUCCUCUUCCCCAAUCCCCUCCCUAACCCUAGACCUUCCAAUCCCUCUCUCAAACUCCCCAAUGCCUCCUCCUCAUCUUCCAUCUUCACCCUCCCCACGCGCGGUCUCCGCUACGUUCACCACACAGUCUCCGAAGGAGCUUCGGAAUCCGGAGGCUGCGUCGGAGGAGAGACGACGAUAACCUCCGCCUCCGCCAUCGCUUCCGCGAUACGCGGCGCAUCGACGACGCCAGUAGAGUUCACGCAGAUGAUCGAGAAGGAUAAGAUCAUCUUGCCGAGUCCUGAUUUUCAGCGUCUUUGCCUCGAGCAGUUGGAUCUAUUUCGUCGAAUCGUGGAUCCUAACGCUGUCCUCUCCGUAUAUGUAAGACCUGCUGGUAGCUACGUGAUGGAUCGCUUGGAGCUUCGUCGUGUCACGUGUUAUCCAAAUGUUAAUGGUGGUGAUGUUGUGAUUUUAGUUGGGAACUUUGGUAUCCCUGCUGGUUUGCGUGCUGCUGAAGCUUCUCUUUCUAGUCAACAAGUUGAAGUUGUUAACAAGCAUAGAGCUGCUGUCUUUCCGAUGGUGAAACACCCGUUUGUUGUUGGUUUCUUGGUUGCUGAGUUACCAGUUGAAGCAGAAGAGGUUGUGGAGGAGGAGGAUGAGGAGGAGAAAGAGAGAGGUUUGAAGCAGUUUCCUUCACCUGAGGAAGCUUAUGCUUUGCCUGGUUCAGCAAAACCACCGAAAGUUAAAGUUCCUUCUGUUAAGGUUUUCACUGCCGAGCAGAGAUCAUAUGCUAUUAAUAUUUCACGGACCCUUGCUAUGGCGUAUGUCAUGGAUCAGAAAACAAUGUUACUUCAGCAGUCAUCUUGGCAGAACAACGUGAGGAUGAGUAAGCUUGUGGAGCAGAUCCGUGGUCCGCUCUCUACCAUCAGGACCUUAAGUAAAAUGCUCUCAACUCACACAAAGAGAAGUCAGAUUUCACAUGAUAUUGUCGAGGACUUGAUAGUUCAAGGCGAACAAAUAAGAGAUACCCUUCAAGAACUUCAGGAUGCUGUUCAGUUGACAAAGGCUAAUAUAGUCCGCCACAACGAAGAAGCCUUAAAGAAGAUAAACAAAACACAUAAUGAAACAAUGAGAUCAAAUUAUUCCGGUGACUAUGAAUAUAAGGACCCCAUUGAUGGGUCGCAAAUCUCAAGUACACGCCUUUCUUUGGGUUCUGGAUCUGAUGAUUCAGAAAUGCCUAUGCCACCUCUGGCACUGGCACCCCUACAAACGCAUAGCACAAGACCAUGCGACAUUUCUAGUGUCCUUCUAGAUAUGGUCGAGACUGUGAAACCACUUGCCCUUACUCAGCAAAGAGUGGUGGAGCUAGGCGAAAGCUCAGCUUCCCUGCAAGUUGCUGUUGAAGAACCGGCUCUGAGGCAGGCUCUGAGUAACCUCAUCGAAGGUGCACUGUUGCGCACUCAUGUUGGAGGAAAAGUUGAAAUUUUGUCUACCAGAGCUCCUGCUGGCGGUAGCCUGGUAGUAAUUGAUGAUGAUGGUCCUGAUAUGCGCUAUAUGACGCAAAUGCAUUCGCUAACACCAUUUGGAGCAGAACUCUUGUCGGAGAACAUGGUUGAAGACAAUAUGACAUGGAACUUUGUGGCGGGUUUAACCGUAGCUCGAGAGAUCCUGGAGAGUUAUGGAUGCGUGAUCAGGGUUAUAUCACCUCGCAUCCCCGAUGCAGCCAUAGGAGCUGGCGGCACUCGUGUAGAGCUGUGGCUUCCUACCUUCACUGCGGCAGUACCUGAAGCCAAUGAAACAUAG